AAACUUCGAUUUAUCCCUUAUAAAUUGAGAAAAUUUACUAGCCUAACCUCCAUCGCCGGAAGAGACAGUGAAUCCCUCGCAGAGGAUCCGGACGAAGGUAUUGACAAAAGUAACCAGACCCUCACAAAUUCUAACAGUACUAUUGACGGAGGUGAUUUGACCACUUUUGAAGGUAGCUCGUGUUCCAUUUUAGAUCAAAUGAAUCAAUCGACGCAACCAACUCAAGGCCCGGCAACCAAUCAGGUCGAGAUUUUCAACUCACUGAGAAUCCCCGACGCGAUUAAGGAUUUGCCUAAAUUCGACGGAAACCAAAAACUCCUGUACGAAUUCCUCAAUAACGUUGAGGAGAUCCUAUUAUAUAUACGUGGCACGGACAACACUCCGUAUGGCCAGAUUUUACUAAGGGCCAUACGAAACAAAAUUGAGGGACAGGCCAAUGAGGUCCUCAAUAUGUACGGAACUCCACUCAUUUGGGAUGACAUAAAGAAUAACCUCAUACUUCACUACUCAGACAAACGGACUGAGACAUCCCUAAUAAGAGACUUACACAAUGUCAGGCAGUAGUUCUGUCAAAACUAAAUAUAAUUUCAAGAUUCCUCCUCAGCCCGGAAGAACUCGAAAACAUAGAAGUCAAAUUAAAACAAAAAAAUAUUGAAGUCAGAUCUAUCGAAAAUAUUUAUGAAAUGCUAGGCAUGCAAGCCUACUACAAUGAAACAAAUAUCAUUUUUAAUAUUCUUGUACCGAAUGUCUCUGAAGAAGACUAUUUUCUAUACCACAUAAUUCCUUUACCAAUAAACAUAACUAAGUUAAUAAUAACAGAACCAUAUAUAUUGUUUAAUGAAAAUUCCACACACCAUCACAAAACACUUUGCCCAUCGAUCGAAGGAACAUAUUAUUGCGGUAUACCGAUCCGACAGGAAGAAACCAAAUACUCGUUAUGUAUUGGAAACUUAAUAAACAAUAAAGAAGCAAAUUGCCCAAUUAGUGACGUUGGAAAAAGGGAAUCGAUCACACAAGUGGAACAAAACCUAAUACUUUUUAUACACUCACCAGAGACACUAAUAAAUUCUACUUGCAGUAUCAAAACUCUCACAGUAAAAGACACAGCCCUUGUGCGUUUCCAGAACUGUGACGUCUCAAUAAAUGGUAUAACAUACCACGAUGAUACCGAUGCAUAUUGGGAUCAACUCCACAUACCCCCGUUACCAAACAGCAACAUUUCCGUAAACUCCACAAUCGAAAUACUUAGUCUUCAAAAACUCGAGGAUUUCAACUUUCUAACCAACAACAGAAUUAGCAACCUGGAAAUAACCACUACAACAGUUCACUCAGUCACAACAACAACAACAUUACCUAUCACUCCGACCACAACAUCUUCAUUGUGGCCGUCGCUCUAUCUUAAGGGGGGAGGAGUUACGACACCCACCUUAUUGUCUCCACCAAAACCAGUUACGACACCCACCUUAUUAUCUCCACCAAAACCACCGAGAACGUUAACCUAUUGAUUUAGGUCAUAAUUAACGCUGAAUAACCAAUAAAUAUAUUUGUCUCAUAUAACCAAUAUCAUUGUUAGCAAUAAGAACACCAACUAAUUAAUAAGAAAUUGUUUUGUAACUUUUAUUGUAUAAUUCCAAGAAAUCUAGCUUUUACUUUAAUCAUCAUUUAUUAUAUUGUAACUU